UAUGGAAGUGAGAGCGGCAGAGAGCAAGGAAGUGAGUGUGGAAGUGAGAGCGGCAGAGAGCAAGGAAGUGAGUGUGGAAGUGAGAGCGGCUGAGAGCGUGGAAGUGAGUGUGGAAGUGAGAGCGGCAGAGAGCAAGGAAGUGAGUAUGGAAGUGAGAGCGGCUGAGAGCGUGGAAGUGAGUGUGGAAGUGAGAGCGGCAGAGAGCAAGGAAGUGAGUGUGGAAGUGAGAGCGGCAGAGAGCAAGGAAGUGAGUGUGGAAGUGAGAGCGGCAGAGAGCAAGGAAGUGAGUGUGGAAGUGAGAGCGGCAGAGAGCAAGGAAGUGAGUGUGGAAAUGAGAGCGGCAGAGAGCAAGGAAGUGAGUGUGGAAGUGAGAGCGGCAGAGAGCAAGGAAGUGAGAGCGGCUGAGAGCGUGGAAGUGAGUGUGGAAGUGAGAGCGGCAGAGAGCAAGGAAGUGAGUUUGGAAGUGAGAGCGGCAGAGAGCAAGGAAGUGAGUGUGGAAGUGAGAGCGGCAGAGAGCAAGGAAGUGAGUGUGGAAAUGAGAGCGGCAGAGAGCAAGGAAGUGAGUGUGGAAAUGAGAGCGGCAGAGAGCAAGGAAGUGAGUGUGGAAGUGAGAGCGGCAGAGAGCAAGGAAGUGAGUGUGGAAGUGAGAGCGGCAGAGAGCAAGGAAGUGAGUGUGGAAGUGAGAGCGGCUGAGAGCGUGGAAGUGAGUGUGGAAGUGAGAGCGGCAGAGAGCAAGGAAGUGAGAGCGGCUGAGAGCGUGGAAGUGAGUGUGGAAGUGAGAGCGGCAGAGAGCAAGGAAGUGAGUUUGGAAGUGAGAGCGGCAGAGAGCAAGGAAGUGAGUGUGGAAGUGAGAGCGGCAGAGAGCAAGGAAGUGAGUGUGGAAGUGAGAGCGGCAGAGAGCAAGGAAGUGAGUGUGGAAGUGAGAGCGGCUGAGAGCGGCAGAGAGCAAGGAAGUGAGUAUGGAAGUGAGAGCGGCAGAGAGCAAGGAAGUGAGUUUGGAAGUGAGAGCGGCAGAGAGCAAGGAAGUGAGUGUGGAAGUGAGAGCGGCAGAGAGCAAGGAAGUGAGUGUGGAAGUGAGAGCGGCAAAGAGCAAGGAAGUGAGUGUGGAAGUGAGAGCGGCAGAGAGCAAGGAAGUGAGAGCAGCAGAGAGCAAGGAAGUGAGAGCGGCAGAGAGCAAGGAAGUGAGAGCAGCAGAGAGCAAGGAAGUGAGAGCGGCAGAGAGCAAGGAAGUGAGUGUGGAAGUGAGAGCGGCAGAGAGCAAGGAAGUGAGUGUGGAAGUGAGAGCGGCAGAGAGCAAGGAAGUGAGUGCAGAAGUGAGUGGAGGUGAAACAUGGAAGUGAGUGCGGAAGUGAGAGCGGCAGAGAGCAUGAGGAAGCAUGAGGAUUGCGGAAGUGAGCAGGGAAGAUGAGAGUGAAAGAUGAGUGACAGAGUGAGGAUGGGUGUGAGAAAGUGAAUGAGGAAGGGAAUGCAGAAGGCAGGGAGUUUCAUUAUUGCCAAAAAUAUCUCAUGUGGAUUUGAAUGGGUGUUUGUCUUUAAACAGUGUUUUUUUGUUUUUUUAGCCUUUCAGAAAUGCAGAGCUACUUGUGCUUCAGGUAGAUGAGGUUGGAUGCCUUAUUUUGUUAUUGCACAUUCACAAAGCAAAAAAAAAAAGAGAAUAUGAACAAAAUGGACACCUCCAAUAUUAUAUCAGACAUGAAGAUGUAAGGAGUUUAAAUUGACAUAUUGUUAAAUGAGUGCCAGGAAUGCAGUAUCUAGUACUGAAGGAGAUUUUCCUUGCACUCCAAAGCCAAAUGUCAUCCUUUCCCAUAUUCAUCAACCCAAAAAUUGUCCAUAACAAAUGUAUAUUUCCCUGAAACCUUACCAAGAUGUACAAAUUCCUCAAUCCUUGAUGCUUUUGCUUUGUUUCGGUCUUUUACGCUGAGACAUCUUUGUUUUAUAUGUUUAUGAGAACUGAAAUGAUUGCCAACUACUAUUUAAUUUAUUUGUUUUACCACUGGCUUUUUUAAAACAGCUUUUUAAAACACUUUAGAGAUUGUAGAGAAUAACAGUAAACGAUUUCUUAUUUUGCUUGAUUAGCAUUUUUGCACUGAUGAUAAUGAGGAAAUAAUUUUGAAUGUGUAAUACGAGAGUCUGUUGAGGGUCAGACAGGUUAUAUGUGUGACCGUUUGAAGCCUCAGAAAUAAAUACUGAACAAUGAAAAAAUUAUUAAUAAAAUCUUAUUUAAUGCCA